CAUGCUCCAGGCAGCCGCUGCGCAGGCGCACUGGGCCCCGACUGCCCGCCGCCGCGCUACGUGGGAGCUUGGCCGCGCGGUGCCGGGACCCGGCUGCAGCGGUGGGAAGGCGGGGGCGUGCCGGCCCAGUUAGGAGAGGCAUCUGCAGGGGCUGCUGAGAGUAAAUACUUGGCGCCUCCAGCUGCUGGCCGAGGAGACAGAUGGAGCUCAAGUUGGGAGAUGCGCCCUGAGAGCCGAUGACAGACACAAGUCCAGAUCUCGGAUUUUGAUACUGUAUGUUCCCUGGGUUCCUGAGAGAGGACAUUGAGGAGUAGGAGUCGGCGAUUAAGGAGAUCAGUACAAUUGGGAAGCCUCCUGUCAGAGCUUCCAGCAAUUUCCUCAUCAGAGGUGGACAAGCCCUAUGGGCUAAGACAGAGGGUCCUCAGAAAGGAGUGCGGACGCCGUCAUGCUGCAGCAGCUCCUGAUCACCCUGCCCACCGAGGCCAGCACCUGGGUGAAGUUGCGUCAUCCAAAGAUGGCCACGGAGCGGGUGGCCCUGUGGGAGGAUGUGACUAAAAUGUUUAAAGCAGAAGCUCUGCUGUCUCAGGAUGCUGAUGAGACCCAGGGAGAAAGUUUAGAGAGUAGAGUGACCCUUGGAUCCCUGACAGCAGAAUCCCAGGAACUGUUAACCUUCAAGGACGUAUCUGUGGACUUCACUCAGGAGGAGUGGGGGCAGCUGGCCCCUGCUCACCGGAAUCUGUACCGGGAGGUGAUGCUGGAGAACUAUGGGAACCUGGUCUCAGUGGCAGGAUAUCAGCUUUCCAAGCCUGGCGUGAUUUCCCAGCUGGAGAAAGGAGAAGAACCAUGGCUGAUGGAGAGAGAUAUUUCAGGAGUUCCAAGUUCAGACUUGGAGAGCAAAACAAAAACCAAAGAGUCAGCCUUACAGAAUGGUAUUUCGUGGGAAGAAUUACAUUGUGGCCUAAUCAUGGAAGGAUCUACAAAAGGAAGCACCAUGUAUUCCACCUGGGGAAGAAUCUCCAAAUGUAAUAAGCUAGAAAGCCAACAAGAGAACCAAAGAAUGGGUGAGGGGCAAAUCCCCUUGAUGUGCAAGAAAACAUUCACUCAGGAGAGAGGCCAAGAAUCUAAUAGAUUUGAGAAAAGAAUUAAUGUGAAGUCAGAAGUUAUGCCAGGACCAAUAGGUCUUCCAAGAAAAAGAGAUCAUAAAUAUGACACAUCUGGAAAGAGAAGCAGAUACAACAUAGAUUUAGUUAAUCAUUCAAGGAGUUAUACAAAAAUGAAGACCUUUGAAUGUAAUAUUUGUGAAAAAAUCUUCAAACAGCUUAUUCACCUUACUGAACACAUGAGAAUUCAUACUGGGGAGAAACCUUUCAGAUGUAAGGAAUGUGGAAAAGCCUUUAGCCAAAGUUCAUCUCUUAUUCCACAUCAGAGAAUUCAUACUGGUGAGAAACCCUAUGAAUGUAAGGAGUGUGGGAAAACCUUCAGACAUCCUUCAUCGCUUACUCAACAUGUUAGAAUUCAUACCGGGGAGAAGCCCUAUGAAUGUAGGGUAUGUGAGAAAGCCUUCAGCCAGAGCAUUGGACUGAUCCAGCAUUUGAGAACUCAUGUUAGAGAGAAACCUUUUACAUGCAAAGACUGUGGAAAAGCAUUUUUCCAGAUUAGACACCUUAGGCAACAUGAGAUUAUUCAUACUGGUGUGAAACCCUAUAUUUGUAAUGUAUGUAGUAAAACCUUCAGCCAUAGUACAUACCUAACUCAACACCAGAGAACUCAUACUGGAGAAAGACCAUAUAAAUGUAAGGAAUGUGGGAAAGCCUUUAGCCAGAGAAUACAUCUUUCUAUCCAUCAGAGAGUCCAUACUGGAGUAAAACCUUAUGAAUGCAGUCAUUGUGGGAAAGCCUUUAGGCAUGAUUCAUCCUUUGCUAAACAUCAGAGAAUUCAUUCUGGAGAAAAACCUUAUGAUUGUAAUGAGUGUGGAAAAGCCUUCAGCUGUAGUUCAUCCCUUAUUAGACACUGCAAAACACAUUUAAGAAAUACCUUCAGCAAUGUUGUGUGAAAUAUACUAAACAUCAAAGAAUCUAUGUUGGAGCAAAAGAUUCUAAAUCAGUGGUUCCCUGAUUUUCGGAUUUCCAAAAACAAACAUUUAAAAAAAUGGUUUGGCACAAUGUUCCCAACUCUUAAUUUUGCCAUAUUAAAAACACAACCACCUAUUAUCAGCAUUGUUUCAGAAAAAAAAGGACAUUUUAAUAUUUUUAAAUGUAGGAACAGUUCCCCCUUCCUGUUCUUUUUUUUUUUUUUUUUUUUUUUUUUUUGAGAGGGAGUCGCUCUGUCACCUGGGCUAGAGUGCAGUGGCUUGAUCUCACAGCAACCUCCACCUCCUGGGCUUAAGCAAUUCUCCUGCCUUAGCCUCCUGAGUAACUGGGAUUACGGGUGCUCACCACCACUCCCAGCUAAUUUUUGUAUUUUUAGUAGAGACAGGGUUUCACCAUGUUGGCCAGGCUGGUCUUGAACUAUUCAGGUGAUCCGCCCAUCUCAGCCUCCCACACUGCUGGGAUUACAGGUGUGAGCCACCGUGCCUGCCCCGCCCCCCGGACCCGGACCCUUUUUUAAAAAACAGUUUCACUCUUGCCCAGGCUGGAGUGCAGUGAUGUAAUCAUAGUUCACUGCAGCCUCAAACUCCUGGGCUCAAGCAGUCUUCCUGCCUCAGCCUCCCAAAUAGCUAGGCCUACAGAUGUGCACCACUAUGUCUGGCUAAUUUAUUAUUAUUACUAUUAUUAUUGUAGAGAGAGUCUCACUAUGUUGCUGGGCUGGUCUCAAACUCCUGGCUCCAAGCAGUUCUCCCACCUCAGUCUCCCAAUAUGCUGCGAUUACAGACAUGAGCCACCAUGUCUGGCCAGGAACAGCCUUUUUAUAUUAUGUCAGCUUUAUGACAGACUCCCACAUUUGUCUUUACUUUUCCCAGUUCACUAUGUGCCAGUGAAAUUUCAUGGCAUGUUAGUGAUCUGUGGAUUGACUUUUGAGAAACACUGUUUUAAGUAUCCCUUUAAUAAAUCAGAAUAAAAUAUAGUACAGCCUUUUACUCUAGCCCUUUAUGUGGCUAGAAGAGAUAGAAAUUAAAAUGUUGAUUCUCAUUUCUAGAAGAAAAAAUGUUAAAGGGAGUUUUCUAGCAUUGAUAGAUAAGUUACUGUACAUGAGAUGCUUAUUUAUAUUUUAUGGUUUUCUAUAGAGCAAGAAUUGGCAAACUUUCUGUAAAGGGCCAGAUAGUAAAUACAUUAGGUGUUGUGGGCCGUGUGGUCCCUGUCACAACUAUUCAACUUCCCCAUUUUAGUACAAAAACAGCCAGAGACAAUAUAUAAACUAGAGUAUCUGAGCCUUGGCACUGCCAAUAUUUUGGACUGGAUAAUACUUUGCUAUAGGAAGCUGCCCUGUGCAUCCUUGGAUGUUUAGUGGUAUCCUUGGCUUCUACCCACAAGAUGCCAGCAUUCAAUGAUGAUAGCUGCCCCUCCCCCAGUUGUGACAGUCACAAAUGUCUCCAGACAUUGCCAGGUGUACCUAGAGGCCAAAAUUGUCCCUGGUUGAGACCCACUGAUGAAUGUGUGCAGUAGUGGUUCCCAUAAACUGCAUUUAAAAAACAGCUGUUACUUUUCAUUUGGCUCAAGGGCUGUCAUUUUUCUCUCCCCCCACAUAGAGUAUGUAAAAUGAUUAGAAAUGACUAUCAUUUAGUAUCAGGUUAGUAUGUGUAUAUGCCAUAAAUUAUUUCCUUAGCAAUUCCUUUAGUAUUUUGUUGCAAUAAUUCUUUAAACGCUGCAUUUGUAAUGCUGUCUUGGAGCCUAGGAAUUAUUUUUGGAGAUAUUUAUGCAGACUUCCCUCUAUAAUGAUCGGUUUUUUAUUGUGGUUAAUCCAUAAAUAUUUUGAGAUAUAUCUCUAAAAAACGAGCACUCUUUGAAAACAUAACCACAGAGCCAUUAUUAUACCUACAAAAAUUAACCACAAUUCCUUAAAACAUAAUGAUACCUUUCUGAAGAGAGAUAUAUUGAGACUUCAUUCUGGGGAGAAACCUUUCAGAUAACUUUAUUUAACUUUUCCUUUGCCAAGCAUACGACAUUAGAUUUGAAAUAUGCUUUGUAUCAAGUGGAAGUGUCUCUUAAGAUAGCCCCUAGAACAACACAUGAAGAGGCCCACCAAAGACGACCAGAGAAAGGUGACUGCAGGAGCCAUACUCAGGCAGGGAAAUCUGGAGAAAAAGCGGAGGAAUUGGCUUCACUGUACUUGAUGAAAUAGAUACUCCAUCCCUACAGACAUAAUUGGAAGUAAGUCAACUUCAACUUCUUACUGUUGUAUGUGGAGAUAGAACAAAAACAUGAGUAUUGUAAGUGUAAAUUAAAGUAAAGCUAUAAAUCCAGAAUAUAUACCAGUAUCUCUAGACUUUUUCAUAUUACUACAUUUACUUAAAAAAAAAAGCUGGCCUCUAACUCUUAAGUCCUGUGUGACUUAGAUGGGCAGAAAAAGAGUGGAGUAUACACUGUUUCUUUAAAUUACUCUACCAUGUUUCUAUGGUCUUAGAUUUCCCAAGAAUUUGAAUUUCUCCAAUUGCUUAUUUCCCUGAAAGACAUCACUAUGACUUUUCUCUGUAGUUCCUGCCUCAGUGAUCUCGUACAGGCUUUGGCUUAAAAUACCAUCUCUGUUUAACAACUGCCAGAUUCGCAUCUCCAGCCCAGACCUCCCGAACUCCAGCCUUGUUCUAACCUUUGGGCCGUUUCACUAGCUGUUGCAGAUGCCCUAUACCCUUACCUUCUCAUCUUUGCUCAGUUGUUGCCUUCUUACUGAAGCCUUUCCUGUCUAUACUAUUUAAUCCUGCAGCUGUCUACCUUCCAGAUCGAGAAAUCCCAUACCCCUUUCACCUGCUCUAUGUUUUUCAUAUCACCUAUCACCUUCUAACACCCUAGAUACUUCACAUAUUUGUGUUUAUUGUUUACUGUUCUUUCCCCCGGCUAUAAUGUAAGCCCCAUGGGGGCAGGGGCCUUUGUUUUGUUCACUGAUGUAUCACAAGUACCUAAAACAGUGCCUGGCACGCAGAAGGGACUCAGUAAAUAUGUAUUGAAUGCUUUUGAUUUGAACUGAAUUGAACUAUGUAUCCAUGAUGAAAGUAAAGAAAUGUAAUCCAUAUACUUUCCUACCUACAUUUUAUAUGUGAGGAAAUAUUUUUUGUUUCCUUUUUCUUUUCUGUGCAAGUGGACCAAUAUUUGAGAAUCGUAUACCUUUGAGAAUCAUAGCUGACAAUACUUUAAGAUAAAAGGGUAUUUCUGUUUUAA